CACCCCUGUCCAGCGGACGCAGAGAUGCCGAACACCGAGGUGGCCUCGUCCGUCAGACACGUACAUUUCCUUCACGAAUCCAUGUGUAUGAGCACCUUCACAACUUGUAGUAAGACUUUCCGACGGCGAGAUUUUGCGGCCCACCUUCAAGGACACAGCAUUCAGGAGAACGCCACGAUCGCGGCAACAGACAAUCGACGUGGGGUCCCCGCACGCAUACUUGAUUGUCGAACAAUACAGUAGGUACCUGCAGGCUGUCAAAGGAGACGCCACAGGCCAGUACAGGUACAAAAGGAAGGCCAACAUUACGACUUGUAUACCGUUCUCCUCCUUCAUCAAGCAGCCUCGUCUCGCCAUCGACGGCAUCCUCCCUCGCCACUCAUCCACAUCUCAGUUCUCUGGCAGCAGAGUCUAGUCGACAUGUCUUCAGCUCAAGCCGAUCUGGCUAACGCCACCGAGGUCACGAGGAUCGAUGACAAGGCGCAAGCUAAGGUCGCCUCUAAGAUCGAGGAUUACGAUGCUAUGCUUCACGAUGCCGCUCAAGUCACCCAAGAGGAGCAAAGCGUCGGCAUCUGGGAGACUAUCAGAAGACACCCCUACGCCAUCAUGUGGGUCAUGCUCUUCGGCCUCGGACUCGUCCAAGAGGGCUACGACCUCAUGCUCUUGAGUUCGUUCUACGCUCAACCGGCCUUCACUCGGCGAUUUGGUACUUGCAACGCUGCGGGCGUAUGUGAAAUCUCUGCGCCCUGGCAAUCGGGCCUCAACAACGGCGCUCUGGUCGGCGAGAUUCUCGGUCUUCAAGUCGUUGGUGUUGUCAGCGAGCGCUUUGGAUACAGGAAGACCAUGAUGGUCUCCUCCGCCUUGAUGGUGGCCUUCAUCUUCAUCCCCUUUUUCGCGACUUCACUCCCCGUGCUACUCGUAGGGCAGAUCCUUCAGGGCAUGCCAUGGGGCGUCUUCCAGACUCUCACUACUACCUACGCCGCGGACAUUGCUCCUCUCCAACUGCGUGGUGUCCUGACCUCCUACAACAACAUCUGCUGGGUCAUGGGUCAGCUCCUCGCCUCAGGAAUCCUCCGUGCCUGCCUCAAUGCCCCCGGACGUUGGGCGUACAAGAUUCCCUACGCUCUGCAGUGGGUGUGGCCCCCUAUCAUCAUCGUUGCCUGCCUCUUUGCACCCGAAUCUCCGUGGUGGCUUGUCAGGCAGAAGAGACUGGCAGAAGCUGAGACCUCUCUCCGGAAGCUUGCAAGUACUCACGCCGAGUUUACCCACGAGGCAGCCACGGCCAAGAUCAAUGAGAUGAUUCUCACCACCGAACUCGAGCGCGAGACUCGAGCUGGUGCCCGCUACUUCGAUUGCUUCAAGGGCACCAACCUACGACGUACUGAAAUCGGUGUCAUGGUCUACCUUGCCCAGGUCUUCGGUGGUGCUCCUCUGAUGGGAUACUCGACGUACUUCUUCUUGCAAGCUGGCUUCUCCGUCAACAAUUCCUUCAAUAUGACCAUUGGCCUCUUUGCUUUGGGCUUUGUGGGCACUGUGCUCUCUUGGUUCGCCAUGAGCAAGUUCAAUCGUCGUCUCAUGUUCCUCUUCGGCCUGGCGGUCGCCGUCGUCAUCUUGAUGGUGACAGGUGCCGUUGGGGCCGCAGCCGGAGACACCCCUAGUGGUCAAUGGGCUAUUGGUGCCAUGUUGCUCCUCUUUACCUUCUUCUACGAUUUCACCGUGGGGCCUGUGGCAUAUUCUCUGGUGGCAGAAGUACCUUCCGCCCAGCUACGAGCCAAGUCAGUCGCAUUGAGCCGCAAUAGUUACAAUUUGGGCGGCCUGAUUGCGAAUGCUAUUACGCCUCGGAUGCUCAAUCCUGAUGCCUGGAACUGGGGCGCGAAGAGCGGCUUCUUCUGGGCUGGUACAGCUUGCCUCUGGUUCCUCUGGUGCUUCUUCAGGCUGCCAGACCCAACAGGAAGGACUUACCUCGAGCUCGAUGCUCUCUUCGAGGCCAAAGUGCCUGCCCGCAAGUUCAGGACCACUCGUUUGGAGCUCUUUGGCGCUCAGCAAGACAAGCCUGUCCACGCUUCUUCCUCCCUUGAGAAGAUCAGCAGCGCUGGCCACGAGAAGGAGGAGGGUAAUCAGACCCAGACCCACACCGCGACCUACAAUGCCUAGGUGCGCUUGCUCUUCCUCUUCCGCUGUUGCCAUUGUUUUCCAUUGUGCUUUGUCAUUGUCUUGGUCUCAUCGUCUUGUCGCAUCCUUGCAAUAUGUAAUAAGAAUCGUCGUAUGCUCUUGCCAUUGUCUUGAUCGU